CAAGGAACUCGUGCGCCUGCGCUCCAUCCCGGAGACUACAUUUCCCAGACGCGAGGAGAGGAACCGCAGCUCCCACGGCUGCCAGCAAGAGCCACGCUAGCCCUGGGCAGGCGCAGCUGAGGAGCUAUUUCCGUCCCUUUUCACUUAAGUGGAGAUUGGGGAAAGUUGCCGACCUCUGGGUUGUGUUUGUGGGCGGGGGCGCUCUGAUUUGAGGCCACCCGGGCGGAGAGAUGGCUUCCGGAGCUGGGGAGGAGAAAUCUAUCCUUGGAGCCCUUGGUUCUACUUCUGCCCCCGAGGCUGUGUUGCUGCGGGAUCCGAACUAGAACCUUGAAUCCCGCUUUUUUUCUUCACCUUAAAAAAGCCCCACUUUUUUCUGAAGCCUUAAAAGGGGCGCACUUAGUCCCUGAAGAGUAGCUGCAUUGAUUACGCGCCAGCUGAGUGCCAGCAAGGAAGAUGUAAAUUACUAAACAAUAAACACUGAUUAAUCAGCGGUGGAAAAAGAGACCCCGCCCUCUGGGUUCUGUGUACCUGGGGAGAAGCUGGGACACCUUAUUGAGGGAGAUAAGACUUGAGAAAGGUCAGAGUCUCAAAGAAAACACUGAAAAAGGAUUGAUUUUGGAGGACCAUGGCAUUCAAGAAAAAGAAAUUGCUGACUUUCCAAGAUGUUGCUGUGGAAUUCACCCAGGAGGAGUGGAGCUAUUUGGAUCCUGGCCAGAAAAACAUGUACAGGGACGUGAUGCUGGAGAACUAUAAAAACUUUCUCUCUCUGGGGCUUCCAGUAACUAAACCAACUAUGAUUUCUCGGCUGGAGAGACAUGAAGCCCCGUGGCUAUCAAAGGAAGAAGACCCCAGAUGCUCUUCUGAGGAUUCCUCUGUUGAAAAAAGAGAAUGUGAAACCAAGGGGUCAACUCCAAAACAGUGUAUUACUACCAGAGAAACAUCCAGAAAGAGUCUCAUCAAGGAUGCUUUCUGGAAUUCUAAAUUGGGAGAAGCUUGGAAUAAUGACACAGAAUUAGAAAGGCAGACCAAAAAAAUGGAAAGACAGUCAAUGAAGCUAAUAGUUACACGUAGCAAAACUUCAUCUAGCAGAAUUCUCAUGGAGAAGAACCUUCGCAAGUUUGAUAAAUAUAAGAAGUUUUAUCACCAGCCUAGAAAACAAUGUAAUAUAGGUAGGAAAACUUUUAGCCAGACUAGAUAUGUUUGUCAACAGAAGAGAAUUCCUACGAAAGAGAAACCUUAUGAAUGUAAUGAAUGUGGGAAAGCCUUCAGCCUUAAGGGAAUCUUUAACAGACACAGAAAAUUCCAUACUCUACUGAAACCCUAUAAAUGUAAUGAAUGUGGGAAAGCCUUCAAACUUAAGCAAACCUUUAACAGACACAAAAAUAUCCAUACUGCAGUGAAACCCGAUAAAUGUAAAAAAUGUGUCAAAGCCUGUACAUGCAAUGCAUCUCUUAAUAGAUAUGAGAAAAUUCAUUCUGGAAAGAAACUGUAUAAAUGUAAUGAAUGUGGAAAAGCCUUCCCCUGGAAGACAAGCCUUUACAUACAUAAGAGAAUUCAUACCGGAGAGAAACCACAUGAAUGUAAGGAGUGUGGAAAAGCUUUUAGGGAUAAGACAGGUCUUAAUCGACAUGAGAAAAUUCAUACUGGAGAGAAACCCUACAUAUGUAAUGAAUGUGGAAAAGCCUUCAGAUAUAAGGCACACUUAGAUAUGCAUCAGACAGUUCAUUCUGGGGAGAAGCCUUAUAAAUGUAAUGAAUGUGGAAAAGCCUUCAAAUUUCCAGGAACCCUUUAUUCACAUAAGAAAAUGCAUACUGGAGUGAAACCCUAUAAAUGUAAUGAGUGUGGAAAAGCCUUCAUGCGGAGUGAUCGCCUUAAAAGGCAUAAGAGAGUUCAUACUGGAGAGAAACCAUAUAAAUGUAAUGAAUGUGAAAAAGCUUUCACGAGUAAGAGAAACCUUGAGCUACAUGCCAUAAUUCAUACUGGACAGAAGCCCUAUAAAUGUAAUGAGUGUGGAAAAACCUUCAGUUAUAAAGUAAGCCUUAUUCAGCAUGAGGCAAUUCAUACUGGCCAGAAGCCCUAUAAAUGUAAUGAAUGUGGAAAAGCCUUCAUCCGGAAUGAUUACCUUAAAAAGCAUAAGACAGUUCAUUCUGGAAAAAAACCAUAUAAAUGUCAUGAAUGUGGAAAAGCCUUCAUUUGUAAGGUAAGUCUUGAAGUACAUGAGGCAAUUCAUACUGGCCAGAAGCCUUAUAAAUGUAAUGAAUGUGGAAAAGCCUUCAUCCGGAAAAGUCGACUAAAAAGGCAUAAGACAGUUCAUACUGGAAAGAAAGCAUAUAAAUGUAAUGAAUGUGGAAAAGCCUUCAUUUGUAAGGGAAGCCUUGAUCUACAUGAGGCAAUUCAUAUUGGCCAGAAGCCCUAUAAAUGCAAUGAAUGUGGAAAAGCCUUCAUCUGGAAAAGUCGACUUAAAAGGCAUAAGAGAGUUCAUACUGGAGAGAAAGCAUAUAAAUGUAAUGAAUGUGGAAAAGCCUUCAUUUGUAAGGAAAGCCUUGAUUUACAUGAGGCAAUUCAUAUUAACCAGAAGCCCUAUAAAUGUAAUGAGUGUGGAAAAGUCUUCAGGCAGAAAGGAUGCCUUAAUUCACAUAAGACAAUCCAUACUGGGCAGAAGCCCUAUAAAUGUAAUGAAUGUGGAAAAGUCUUCAGGCAGAAAGGAGGCCUCGAUUCGCAUAAGACAGUUCAUACUGGAGAGAAACCCUAUAAGUGUAAUGAAUGCGGAAAAGCCUUCAGGGAGAAAGGGGGCCUUAAUAGACAUAAGAUAAUUCAUACUGGGGAGAAACCUCAUAAAUGUAAUGAAUGUGGAAAAGCCUUCAACUAUAAAGGACAUCUGAAUAGACAUAAGAAAACUCAUACACAAGUGAAACCAUAAAUGUAAUGAAUGUGGAGAAACCUUCAAAUGUAUGGAAAACCUUAAUUUAUGUAAGAAUUCAUAUUGAAGAGAAACCCUAAAAAUCCAGAGAAUAUGGAAAAACUUUUAAGUGGUAAAGAAACUUUAAAAAACAUAAAUACAUACUGGAGGGAAAUCCUUUGAAUAUACUGAUGUUGAAGCAGAUUGUAAUCAAAAUCCAAACUUCUAAUGUAAUUAAAUUGUGAAAACUUUCUUGCACUUCGCAAACUUAAGAAACAUCAGAUUUAUUCCUACUGGAGAGAAAUCUAAAUAUAAAGAAAGUGAGAAAGCUUUCAAUGAUCAGGAACACUUAAUAAAUCCAGAGGAAUCCAUACUGGACAGGAACUUUUUUUAGUGGUAUUUAUUUUACAUGAAAAUAGCUUCAUGGGUUCCAGCAACAAUAACAGAUUAGGCAGUUACCCAGGAUCUAGCAGUGUCUAUUAUUAUCCUAUAAUAAAGGAUCAGAAGGCCUGGAAUAUCAUAUUCCAAAAGGCAAAGGACCUAUUGUUACAACCAAGAAUUAACUACCUAGCAGGACUGAACAUCUUCUUUCAGGAGAGGUGAUGGAGCUUCAAUGAAAUAAGGGACUUUUAAUCAUUUCUAUUGAAAAAAACAGAACUAAACAGAAAAUUUAAUCUAUAAUCACAGGACUAAAGAGAAGCAUAGAAAGAUAA